CCUUCGACUUGCAAAGGCCGCCGCGCUUAGGUUCCCAGGCUUGAGGUGCUGAAUGCCGAGCGAGGGGCCGAGGGGUCUCUGCAGAAGGACGCUCCAGGCUUGGGAAGGUCCCAGAGCAUCCUCGUAUAGGACGGGCCAGCCAAGAUGCCUGUCAUGGUAGAAGACAUCAUGAAGCUUCUCUGCUCCAUCUCCGCGGAGAGGAAGAUGAAAGCGGCCGUCAAGCACUCUGGGAAGGGUGCCCUGGUGACCGGGGCUGUGGCCUUCGUGGGCGGCCUGGUAGGCGGUCCGCCAGGACUAGCCAUCGGGGGAGCCGUCGGGGGUCUAUUAGGUGCCUGGAUGACAAGUGGACAGUUUAAGGCAGUUCCUCAGAUCAUAAUGGAGCUGCCCCCUGCCGAGCAGCAGAAGCUCUUCAACGAGGCUGCUGCCAUCCUCAGGCACCUGGAGUGGACAGACGCCGUGCAGCUGACCGCCCUGGUCAUGGGCAGCGAGGCCCUGCAGCAGCGGCUGCUGGCGAUGCUGGUGAGCUACAUCACCAAGGAGCUCCAGGCGGAAAUCCAGUACGACGACUAGGCCUCUCCUCCUGGGCAGUGGGGGUGUCACGUCGAUGAUUCGCAGCCAAGGGGUGGGGAAGGGGCCGAGUGACCCCCCCUGAGAAAUGGACACAAAGCCAGUAUAUUCCCUUAAACUGGAAUGAACUCUCCUACUGGAGAUAGCCCUGCUGUGCCGUAUCACAGUCUGGAAAUUAUUUAAGAAAAGUCACGUUUUUGUGGCCUGGCGCACCUGUGGUCCUCCAAGCACAAAGCUGGUGAAAAGUAGAGGUUUGCCCGCUGCGGACGUCCUGCUCCCUGGGGUCUGGGGUCUUGUCGUCAGCUCAGCUGGCUUUCUGGCUGUGUCCUCACCUCCCUGCCAGCUGGCCCUUCUCCUCUUGGAAAGAUGAUUCCUGUUCCAAGCAGCCGUUUCAGGACUGGCCCCUGCUUGGGCCCUGGGGUCUCAGCUCCAGACCUAGCCCAUGCUGGAAUCAUGUUUACUUCCUGAGCGUGCCCCUUCCCCACCCAGAGACUUCUGAGUGGCUGCAAGGAGGGGCACAGAGGGGCGUGGGGAGCCUGAGAGUGAGGCCGCAGGCGCCAACCCACCAUCUGCACGCCUCGGCUCUCCCACUCCCAGGGUCUUGCUUUCCCCACCUGAAAAAUCAUGGUACUUCUUGAGUUCUGCUUUUGAAAUUAAAUAUUCUCAGUAAAAAUUAUUGCUCAUUCUGAAGGCUAAGAAAUGUUUCCAACCUUAAAGUUCCCUAUGGAUGUGUUCACUUUGCUUUCAGUCACAACUUGACUAUGUGUCAUCAAUUACAAUAAAUUUUUUCUCCCCAGAACUAUCCUUUCCCCUCAUAUGUUGUGUAAAGCACAAAAGGCAGCUGUAGCCCUUGGAAAUCUUUCAUGCAGAGCCAAAUGGAAGGUGCCAGAGGUGGUGGCUCUAAAGAAUUAUAGAAAGCUCCCCCAAUCCCAGCACCCUCUGCCUUCCUGUGCAGGCAAAGGGCAACAGCAAACCAUCCAGUGGAUCCCCAGCCUCAGGAGUCAGUGCUGAGACUUGGGCUCUCUCCACUGGCUGGUGGCAGUGUCAGCCUCCCUGGAGGUGGGGAGGAGGCACUUCUGCUUAGAGGGGCACCUCCAUGCGGAUACAGAAACAUCCAGGGUGCAUUAUGACCCAGAGGGAUGGAGUGGGGAACGCAGCCCAGGCCACACUCCUGGGUUAACAAAGCCACUGUGUGCUGCUGGUGCAGAUGGGGCAGGGGCUGUCUGAAAACCAAGAGGGAUGUGUGUGGCUCAUUUCUGCGCGUGCUGCCAACUGAGCCCCUCGUGCCAUCCCAGAAAUGCAAACCUAAAAUCACUGAAUGAUCCCCACUCCCCCAUUUUUGUAAUUUCAGUAGACUCAAAAGUCAAAAGUUGUUUUCUUUUUAGUUAGAGGUAAAAACAUCCCUUUGUGGGAAAAAAAAAAAAAAAAUCCCUUUGUGGAUAGCAUGAGAAUGAAACCAGAAUAGAGAUUUUUGGUUCUGUGCUUCAAAGCUGGGUAUGCUUUUUCAUUUUGCAAAACAUGCCAAAUUCAGAAAUUGCUUAUAACUGAUCUGCCUAGGAAAAGCCGGGGUAUAAGACAGUUCCCUUCAGUUAGGCGAGCAGGUCCCACCCACUCAGCACUUGGUGCCAGGGGCCCAGGGGGUCCCAGCACUCAGAAGCCCUGCACCAAUGUCCUCUGCAGCCCACCCCUGGGGAAACAGCCCAGGGAGGAGAUGGUCACUGCCGACAAGCUCUGUCUCUGGUGAAGCAGGCCUGGCAGAACAGACACCCCCCACUAGCCAGAUCCUGGGGUGACGUGUGAUGCUUUGGGCCAAGAGGGCUACCCAAACUUGAGUUCUGUCUCCCAGGAGCUGAAAGCUGUUUUCCUUGCCUUUCUCUCAGGUUUUUCUGAUCAGUGUCUCCUCUGAGCUCCUCUGGUUUAAUGAUUUACAUUUUUUCUAUCUUUUAAAAGUCUUCAUUUUUGAAUAAGUCAUACCUGCCUAGUUCACAAUUUAAAAGGUAGCAGAGAGUACAGACUGAAAAGAAAGCCUUCCUCUUACACUGACCCCAGGCCUGAGGCCCUCUCCCCAGAUGCAGCCACUGUUACCAAUUUCUUGUGCAUUCUUUAAACCGUAUUUUUAAAGCGUCUUUGAAAACACAUUAUUUCAUUUUAUUGGUCAAUGUUUAUUGCUGAAAAUUUAGAAAAGUGUAAUGAAAUAAAAAUCACUACAAAUCCCACCACACAGAAAAUCA